AUGAAGACCAUAACCUACGUCAAGAUGGCCGCCGCGUACGCUCCCCCAACCCUACAGAUCUGAACACACAAAGCUUACACAAACCACAAAAGCGGCGCGGUAAUGUGCAUCGGCGGUCCCGCGCUAAUCUACUACGUCUCCCCGACCGAAGAAGAACUCUUCCUGAAAUACAACCCGGACCUCCAGCGCCGCUCCCUCGCCAACCGGCAGGAAAAACAGGAAGAUUUCGAUCGCUUUGUCGGGAGAUUGAAAGAGUACUCCAAGGAUGACCGACCCAGUGAGUUGUCUAAUCCUCUUUUCUUUUUGUUGCUGGUUGAGAUGCUGAUGUUUUUUUGUGCGUAGUCUGGACGGUUUGGGAGAAGGAUAUUGAGGCGAGGAGGAAAGUUGGGGUUCAGGCUGAGUUGGAUCGGAGGAAGGCGGAGGAGGAGAUGAAACGGGAGGUUAGGGAGAGUAUUAAGUGA